AUGGCUCCUACCAAGUAUGCCGUGGUCGGCACUGGAGGCCGAGCAGCGUUCUUCUAUAAUGCUAUUGUCAAAGAUUUCAAGCAAACCGCAACCCUUGUGGCAUUUUGCGAUAGCAACCAGACUCGAAUGAAUGUUGCGAAUAGUCGAGUACAAGAGCUCGGAUCUGAGGCUCUACCAACUUACAAGGCCACGGAGUUUGACCGCAUGAUCGAAGAAACCAAGCCAGAUUCCGUGAUAGUGACAACUAUCGACCGGACACAUCACUGGUAUAUCAUCCGGGCAAUGGAGUUAGGCUGCAACGUCCUCAGCGAAAAGCCCAUGACAGUGGACGAAAAUAAAUGUCAGGAAAUUCUUGAUGCAGUGAAAGCCACCAAACAGCAGCUACGUGUCACAUUCAACUAUCGAUACGCACCCCAUAAUACCAAAAUUCGCGAACUGCUGCUAAAUGGCUCUAUUGGUCAAGUCACUUCAGUUCAUUUUGAAUGGAUGCUUAAUACUCGACAUGGCGCUGACUAUUUUCGCCGUUGGCACCGGGACAAACGCAAUAGUGGAGGGUUGCUCGUGCAUAAAUCAACCCACCACUUUGACUUGGUUAACUUCUGGCUUGGAAGUCAGCCCAAAACGGUUUUUGCCCAGGGAGACUUGAAAUUUUAUGGCAAGGAGAAUGCCGAGCUACGAGGCGAGACGAACUUUUAUUCUCGCGCCCAUGGCAGCUCUGUCGCUGUUGAUGACCCUUUUGCGCUUCAGAUGAAAGACCACCCACAGUUGAAAGAAAUGUAUCUCGAUGCAGAGCAUGAAGAUGGAUAUUAUCGCGACCAAAGUGUAUUCGGCGACGGGAUCAACAUCGAAGACACAAUGGGUGUGUUGGUGAGCUACAAGUCCGGGGCCAUCCUAACCUACAGCCUGGUCGCAUAUUGCCCAUGGGAGGGCUUCCGGGUCUCUUUUAAUGGAACUCGAGGUCGCCUUGAGAUGGACGUUCUCGAGCAGUCUUACGUCAAUUCUGGCGGUGAUCAAAGCAAAGAGGGAGCCGUGGCCCAUACGAAAAUUACAUUACAUCCCAUGUUUGCUCCACCAACUGUAAUACCCAUUAUCGAGGGAGAGGGAGGUCACGGUGGCGGAGAUCCAAAACUUCUCAAUGAUCUAUUUGGAACUCCGGCGCCAGACAAUUUCAAUCGCGCCGCUUCUCAUGUUGAUGGGGCUAUGUCAAUUUUAACGGGGAUUGCCGCUAACAAGGCUAUCCGAACCGGGCAGGUGGUGCAAGUGAAAGAUCUUGUGAAGUUCUGA